CAGGCAUCCCUUCAUUUCUGCUCCGAGUGCAACAAUCUCCUGUACCCCAAAGCCGAUCCUCAACGUCGUGUCAUGGUCUACGCAUGCCGUAUAUGCGCAUUCGAUGAGAUUGGGGAGAACCAGUGUGUCUACCGGAACGACUUGCUCACAGUCACAAAAGAGCAAAUGGGUGUCAUUAAUGACCUCGGUACAGACCCCACGCUGGGGCACCAGAAGAUGACUUGUCCACAUUGUGGCCACGAUGAUGCCGUAUUCUUCCAAGACCAGUCAAAGCGCAAGGAGACGCGCAUGACGCUUUUCUACGUGUGUACAAAAUGUAACAAGUCCUUCACGGAUCCGAAUGUUGUGGUAGAGACGCUUGGGGUUGAAGGGGGAUGA